AUGGGUAUCAAUAAUCCAAUCCCUCGAAGUUUAAAAAGUGAGACCAAGAAAGCCGCUAAAGUUUUAAGAAGUUUUGUCAAACCAAAUCAAGUAUUUGGAGCAGACCAAGUCAUUCCACCAUAUGUGUUAAAAAAAGCCAAAGGCCUAGCAAUUAUCACAGUUUUGAAGGCAGGAUUCUUGUUUUCGGGUAGGGCAGGAUCUGGCGUGAUUGUGGCUAGAUUAAAAGAUGGUACAUGGUCUGCCCCCUCUGCUAUUGCCAUGGCAGGUGCCGGUGCUGGUGGUAUGGUCGGUGUUGAAUUGACUGAUUUCGUUUUUAUUUUGAAUUCCGAAGAAGCAGUGAAAUCCUUUUCUGAAUUUGGUACUAUUACUCUAGGUGGUAAUGUGUCAGUUUCCGCGGGUCCUCUUGGGAGAAGUGCAGAAGCAGCAGCCUCUGCUUCCACAGGUGGUGUCUCAGCAGUUUUUGCUUAUUCCAAGAGUAAAGGUUUGUUUGCAGGAGUAUCUGUGGAAGGUUCAGCUAUUUUGGAAAGAAGGGAAGCUAAUCGGAAAUUCUACGGUGAUAAUUGUACAUCAAAAAUGAUUUUGUCAGGGAGAGUAAAAGUUCCACCAGCUGCUGAUCCUUUGCUCCGUAUCUUAGAAUCAAGAGCAUUCAAUUUUACACGCCGCGACCAUGGUGAUAAUGACAGUGAUGAUGGUUUUCACAAUGAUGGCCAAUACAGUGAUAAUACCAGCCGUUAUUAUGAUGACAUACCUGAUUCCGUUGACUCUGCUGAUGAAUCCUCCAUGCGUCCGGACACAAGAGCAUCAAGAAGGAGAGGGAUGUCAGUGGGAUCUCGCAGUCGUUAUGAUGAUGAUUUUGAUUAUGAUUAUGGACGUACCCGUGGAUAUGACGAUAAUAACAGCAGCGAUGAAGAUUAUGAUCACAGAAGACCUCCAAAUAGAAAUGGCAGUCGCAAUAAAGGACCUCAAAUAGAUAGAGGUACUAAGCCACGUGCUAACACUCGGUGGGAAGAUGACUUGUAUGAUAGAGAUGCUGGAUAUUCCCGUCCUCCUCACUACUCUAGCAAGGAUUUUGAUAACACUAAUGGAAAUAGACGCAGUUAUGGUAGAGAAAGAGGUUAUAGUCUAGGUCAUGGCCAAUUUCACUCCAGCAGUAACAGUAAUGUCGACGAUCUCUCACAUAAAAUGACAAUGACAGGAAUAGACGAUGAGUCUUCUGGUGCCAAAUCGUCAACUCCAACAGCUGUCGCUCUCUAUAAUUUUGCAGGAGAACAAUCAGGAGAUCUAGCUUUCAAAAAAGGUGACGUUAUUUCCAUUUUGAAGAAAUCUGAUUCCCAAAAUGAUUGGUGGACAGGAAGGGCUAAUGGCAAAGAAGGGAUUUUUCCUGCAAAUUACGUUCGAGUUACUUAG